AACAAGGACAGAGCCGAGACGUUGCUGAGAAUCAGACCAUGAAGGACGAGGCAGACAAACAGAGCACCUAGUUUUUCUGAAAUAGAUGAACGGUUUUUCAGAGGGGGAGAGCGAUAACAGCUCAGACUGGCAUCCGUUGGUGCUUGUGGAUCUCUUUCCAGAGCCAGCAGAUGAAAUGGCGGUGAGGCAGAGGAUUCUCAACUCAACAGCACCAUUCUCCGGGACACCUCAGGCUGAUCUGAAGGGGUCAUGCUCCUCUCGCUCACCCACUGACCAGGAGCCUGAGAAGGGGAAGGAGAGCAAGAUGGGCUACUCAGAUUUCUACCCUUUACUAAAUAAGCUCUUGACACAUGGAACUGCUGAGCAAGUGGGCAAAAUGCCUGUGAGGACCUCAACCUUCAUUGCUCAGGCUGAAUGUGAAACCCAGGACUCCCAAGAGUUUAGCCCAUCUGGUUCUGAACGAUCCUUUGUUCCAUCCCCCAACUGCUUCUCCAUCAGCCUUACCUCAGAGCACAACAACGUGGCGUGCCCAACAACCGCCUCUGUCCAGGAGCCAAGCAGCUCAUCGGCACAGCUCAGUCCCAGGAAAAAGAACAGGAAGAGACAGAAGCGUAAGGGGAAGAAAAGGCUGGAGAAGAAGAGGGAGAAGCAGCGACACAGAAAUCGAAUGCCCUCUGGUGUCCCUGAACAGGAGAGUGGAAGUUCUCUGGCCCAGAUCCAGGAGUUCUCUCUUGGAGGGAGAAGCAGACUUAGUUCUUCUUGCUGUCGCAGCAUUGCAAGCUCAGAUGAGCAGGACAGAGGACCUCCUCUCUACAGUGGACAGAUUUACAGCACAGGUUCCAGCUGCUCCCCUCUGAACUGGAGGGACCCGGUCUGUGGUCCCCUCUCCAGUCUCUGUUCCUUUGGGCAGGUCAGCGACUCAGACUCCCUCAGCAGUGUGGGAGACUGCUCACUGGCCCUUGCUGGCCUCCGGGGCAGCGUCAGUCAGGGGGACCCAUGCUACGCAGGGCCCUUUUUCAAAGAUGUGGAGCGGGAAGCAAGAGAGGAGGAAGAUGAGCUCUCAGCAGCUGAGUCUGUCUGCAACGAGGGAAUCAUCUUUUACAAUGAUAAAAUUCAGCCCAUAGACUCUGAGUACAAGGAAGGGAGGGAGUUUGUCCUCACACACUUUGUCAAGGAAGGCUCCUACGGCGAAGUGCACACUGCUCAAGAUGUCAACACAGGCUUCAGAUUUGCUGUCAAAAAGAUCGCCCUGAAGAGGUUCAGCAGUGAGGAGGUGGGUGCGUGGAGUGCCCUCAGAUCUCCUCGUGUGGUGGAACUCUUUGGAGUUAUCAGAGAGGGGCCGAAUGUUAUCCUUUUCAUGGACCACAAAUCCGGCUCCCUGGGCCAGCUGAUAGCCGAGCGUGGCCGGCUGCCAGAGGAUUUAAGUCUUCACUACCACUCACAAGUCUUAACAGCGCUGGAGUACUUGGUGAAGAAAAAAGUGGUGCACCUAGAUAUUAAAGCUGAUAAUGUGUUGCUGUCGGAGGACGGUAGAGACACCUUCCUGUGUGACUUCGGACAUGCAGAGAGGCUUGACAAUCAGGGACAGAGCCUGAAUGGAUCCAAUGAACUAAAGGGCACAGAGACCCAUAUGGCCCCUGAGAUCGUUAAAGGGGAACCCCGCGGAGCCAAAGCAGAUGUGUGGAGCAGCUGCUGUGCAUUGCUGCACAUGCUCAACGGGUGUCAACCUUGGACACGAUACUACACCUGUAGACUUUACCUGAAGAUUGCCAAUGAGCCUCCACCUCUGAGAGAGAUCCCACCUGACUGUAGCCCUCUCACAGCUGAAGUGCUCAAAGCAGGGCUCCAGAAAGAUCCAGUUAAGCGAGCGUCAGCAUCUGACCUCAAAGAAAAAACUAACAGAGCCCUGAAAGAAGUUGGAGGACUCACCAGCCCAGUGAAGGGAACGUACACCGAGCCCCUGUACAUUGCCAACAAACCUCCUGACUCCCUUCAGCUCAUCAAUAGCAGUGUUGACUGUGGCGAUGAAGAGGAACAUCAAGAGUUUGUGGAGAAGGAGAUCAUAGUAGGGAGGAGGACGAAGGAGCUAGAUGAUGAGGAGGAAGCUGAUUCUAAUGAUUCAAAGCGAGGCUCGCCGUUCUGUCCACAAACGCUGAUCUAUGAGCCAAACCACAAGAGGAGCAACAAGAUAACCACUGUGUCUGAACUUGAGCUGCGGAAACUGGAGCGAGAUUUCUACCUCAGCAGUCUGUCCCAGCCUCAGUCUGCCGAGAUGCAGGUGCAGCUCUUGUCUUGUCUCAGCAGUGAAGCUUAUUCAAAUUGGGAACCGUGGGACAAAAAGGACUCUGGCCGUUGGUCCCUGAGCCCGGGAGACGACUUCAGCUCUGGUGUCUUCUCCUACAACAGUCAGCCAGAUGUUCAGGUCUUCAGUAUGGAUUUUCUGGGUCACACACAGCUGCCACCGCCCUGUUGUUUUGAAGGGGUGGAUGUCUGCAUCAGAGACUUCAGCAGGAGAAGCAUUCGGAUCAGAGAGACACGCCGGGUGAAGGUGGGCCACAUCGCCACUGGAAUCAGUGAUCAGAUCUCUGAGAGAGUUUUCACUCUGGAGACUCAUCAGGGUCAGCAGAUCGCUCAUGAUGAGGAGAUACAGGAGUCCGGUCUGGAGCUCUGCUGUGUUCCUGCUCCAGACUCCAGCCUCGCCUGGAGGUGGAGGGUCAGAGAUGGAGUGAUGGAGACGAGAUAAAAGCCAACAACUCUCUCCUUCCAUUGGCCAGUGUUAUUGUGACUGUUGAUCCUAUUGUCUUGUGUUGAAUUGUUUUAAACGUAUGCCUUUCAUUUGUCUUGCAGUUUGAGGACCGUGUAUUCAUGAGGGGUAAAAAGAUCUAGCUGAAAUGCCUCAUGUUUUAAAUGCCCUAAUGGCAGUUGUUACACAGCCUUUUGUCUUUUAAGCAGCCAUAAAUCAAAGUGCUGAGAAUACUGUGAUGUUUACAUGUUGCUUGUAUGGAAUCAAUAAACAGUAGACUGAACUAUGCAAUUUGA